CGGGCGCGGAGGCGGUGCCGCAGCCCCAGCCCGGCCGGACGCGCGAGGGCCAGGGCCAGGGUGAGCGCCCGACUCGGAGCUGCCCCGGCUCCCGUCGCCACCGCGCUCAGCUCUCAGCCACCUCACGGCCUCCAGGAGUGCGCAGGAGUUUGCCCUGGAGCGCGGGGAAGUUUCCUCCGAAGCUGCGCUCCUGGAACAGCAGCACCUGCAAGCGCCCGGCAGCGGCCCGCGAGGUUACUUUAUGGAAUGGGCCCUUAGAGCACAAGAAAAGACUGAAGUUUUACAGGAAAACAAAUCAUGUGUUCUUCAGUUUCUGAAAUGAGGAGAAAUGCAGCCAUUUGAAAUGGUCAUGAACCCCAAACAAGUCUUCCUCUCUGUGCUGAUAUUUGGAGUAGCUGGGCUACUCCUCUUCAUGUAUUUGCAAGUCUGGAUUGAAGAACAACAUACAGGGAGAGUGGAGAAGAGAAGAGAACAAAAAGUAACUUCAGGAUGGGGACCAAUGAAGUACUUGCGGCCUGCACCCAGAAUCAUGAGUACAGAAAAAAUCCAGGAACAUAUCACCAACCAGAACCCCAAGUCUCACAUGCCUGAGGAUGUAAGAGAAGAAAAGGAAAAUCUUCUACUCAAUUCUGAGAGAUCUACUAGGGUCUUCACAAAGACCAGUUAUUCACAAGGAGGGGAUCAAGCUUUAAGUAAGUCCACAGGGUCACCAACAGAGAAGUGGAGGAUUGAAAAACAUCAAGGAGCUAAGACUGUUUUCAACAAGUUCAGCAACAUGCAUUGGCCAGUGGACAUUCACCCUUUAAACAAAAGUUUAGUCAAAGAUAACAAAUGGAAGAAAACUGAUGAGAUCCAAGAGAAACGGAGGUCUUUCCUUCAGGAGUUUUGCAAGAAAUAUGGUGGGGUGAGUCGUCACCAGCCACAUCUUUUUCAUAUGGUAUCCAGAAUCUAUGUAGAAGAUAAACACAAAAUCUUAUAUUGCGAGGUACCUAAGGCUGGCUGUUCCAAUUGGAAAAGAAUUCUGAUGGUACUAAAUGGAUUGGCUUCCUCUGCAUACAACAUCUCCCAUGAUGCUGUCCACUACGGGAAGCAUUUGAAGAAGCUAGAUAGCUUUGACCUAAAAGGGAUAUAUACCCGCUUAAAUACUUACACCAAAGCUGUGUUUGUUCGUGACCCCAUGGAAAGAUUAGUAUCAGCCUUUAGGGACAAAUUUGAACACCCCAAUAGUUAUUACCAUCCAGUAUUUGGAAAGGCAAUUAUCAAGAAAUACCGACCAAAUGCCUGUGAAGAAGCAUUAAUUAAUGGAUCUGGAGUCAGGUUCAAAGAGUUUAUCCACUACUUGCUGGAUUCCCACCGUCCAGUAGGAAUGGACAUUCACUGGGAAAAGGUCAGCAAACUCUGCUAUCCAUGUUUGAUCAACUAUGAUUUUGUAGGGAAAUUUGAAACUUUGGAAGAAGAUGCCAAUUACUUUUUACAGAUGAUAGGUGCUCCAAAGGAGCUGAAAUUUCCCAACUUUAAGGAUAGGCACUCUUCCGAUGAAAGAACCAAUGCUCAAGUCGUGAGACAGUAUUUAAAGGAUCUGACUAGAACUGAGAGACAAUUAAUCUAUGACUUUUAUUACUUGGACUAUUUAAUGUUUAAUUAUACAACUCCAUUUUUGUAGUUUGCAUUCAUUUUCUAAAACCCUGUAUCUACUUAAUGAUGAUGAGCUCAAAUCAGCUACUGUAAUUUUUCUAUAAUUCUCUGUAUGAGAGAAAUUUAACUAAGUGCAGUUGUCUUGAUUUAAUGUAGAUUUUUACCAAAUAGUAUGACACCAAUUGGCACAAAGUUAUAGGAAAAUCACCCACAGGAGAUGUAAACAACUUGAGUUGCUCUAAAAUGUUUGGAAACGAGCUGCUUUUGCAUUAUGAAUUAUAUUGUUGAAGCAAUAACCUAGCCAGCUGUUGCAUUAGCUAAAGCAGCCUCUUGCAAUGGUAGGAAAAAAGGAUCUAAAAUAGCAUGAGUGUAUGUCUAUAUCCUGGAAUUUAUCGUCUAAAAUGCAUGAAUAUAUUUUUAGCAGUCUGUGGCAUAUUAAUCAAACUGUUGAAUUGUUUUCUUACACCCUGGAAAUCUUUCUAUCAACUAUAAUGAUAAAUCCAUUUUGAAGUGGUAUUUUGGACUUAGGCGUUUUACUUUAGAUUGGAAGGCAUUAUGUGAUUUACAAUAUGAGAAUACAGCAGAAAAACCAGAUGAGGCUGUGGCUUUUUAUAUUCAACAGCCAAUAAAAAAUGCACAACAUGCUAAGAUCAAAGCAACAAAAGCAACCUUUUUCUUCCAGAAAAACUUAAGGGAAUUGAUUCUGUUUUCUUUUGAGCCUUCCACAAAGAGACAAAAUGAACACAAGCACUAAAGGUCUACAUUUCUGAAGCAGGCAGUUGAGAAGCUUAAGUCUCUUCAGAUAUAAAUGUGCUCCUAAUUCUGGUUUAAUUGGGCAGGGGGGAAAUUGUUUCAGGAUGGAAUAAUCAUCAAAAACAAAAGUUGCCAUUCUGAAUAUGGAACUCAAACAAUAACAAAGUUUUAUAAGUAUAUUGUUUGAAUCAAAGCAUCGUGUGCAUAGUUUUAUAUGUGGAAUACACCCUAAGAAUAGCUUUUGUUUUCAGUUUAAUUAUUCAGCUUAGGAAUGACUUUUUAAAAACUAAUAUACCAUUUCAAAGAUAGGUUAUGUUCUAGAGAAUAAAUAUAAGAUCCACUAGAAAUGUGUUUAAUAGGCUUAUGCAUAAGCAAAUUAAGGUAUUUUCUUUUUAAGUUUAAAUAUUCUACACUAACAAAGUCAAAUACCGUUGCAUUCAAAUAUUAAAUCAAAGUCCUUAGAAAAAUAGGUCCAUGUGUCACCCUUAUGAAUAGUUGUAAUGCAUUUUGGAAUUUUUUUCCAAGGGAUCCUAAAUUAGAUCGCUUGGGGAAAAAAGAGGAUCAUUUUGGAUGGGAAACAUUUGGAUGGGAAACCUACUUUAAUUGGUCGACUAUUACCCUGAGUUAAGAAAAUCACAAGUCUUUCAAACCCUGCUUAAAUGCUUUUCCUGAACAUCUUCCUCUUCCUAAGCUAUCUUUUUUUUUUCUUACCAGUAAAUAUUCAGCAGUGGCUUUCAAAGAACAGUAGGUAUUAAUAUUUGAAUGUUAAUAGACCAAGAUAGUUGCAGUCAUAUUAUUUCAUUUUGAUUUUCUAUUUCAUGGCUGAGUAUUCAUGAAUUGCUUCGCUCCUUACACACACCUGCCGUGUCCCAUCUGUGUCUCCUAAGGAGUGAGUAAACUGCAAUGGGCUGAGAGAUCAUAAGUAUUAAACCUUCUAAUCCAACCUUUUACUACUUUUCCAUGCCAUUAACUCUUGCCUCUAGACCAUACACUUAAGCUGGGCUCUCAGUUUUUAAGAAGUUUUACUCUGGAGUAAUCUAAAUUACAUAAUUUAAAAUUUUGCUACACCAUGAAGAGUAGAUUCCUCGUAAUUUAGGGAAAUUGAAAUUAUCUUUUUAUGGAGAGACAAAAUAGAAAAUAUUCCAGAAGCCUAAAAUUUUAUUCCUAAGCAACACAAAACUUGCUUUAUAUGAAAUCUGCUAUAAAGAAUAAAGGCAAUUUCCUCAAAGGUAUUCCUAAAACUAUAUAAGGAACAAACAAAGAACUUUUCAUAGCUUUAGAAAGAAAAAAAUAGAAACAACAGUCCUACCUCUCUUAUUGGCAUGUGUAAUGCAUUGGGCAGGGUAGCGUGCAUAACUAUGUAACUGUUUGGCUUUGAUGAUGGAGAGGAGGAUGAGUGGAAGAAAAUGAUACCCAGCGUUCUCUACGGAAACCUGUUAUGUACCUUUUGCUGUAUAUGUUCCUUUCCUGACCCUUUCCAACAAGCCCAUGUCACCAUGGGUCAUUCUUUUCCUAAAUGGGCUCUCUGAUGCCAAGUGACACCUGUGUAGUUACAAGUUCCAGAAACCAUGCAUGUUUUUGCCAAGUAAGAACAAACUUUUUAUAUACCUGCUCUUCAUUUUAGAUGAGUUAUUUUCAUGUUAGGACCAAAGAAGCCAGUCAUCAUCCUGGAUUACUUGUGAGUUGAAAACCCAACUCCAUUUUUCUCUCCUGACUUAUAUGGCUUUGCAGACCAGCUCACAUUCACCUUUGUCAUUUCUGCCUGUGCAUAAAUCCAGGUGGGAACACCACUGUUCUUUAGGACCAUCACAAUUUCGUGAAUUUAAUUCCUAAAGGCAAAUGACCAAAUCCAGACUCAUCUUCCAGAUGUCCAAAGUUCCCAUUUUAACGUUAGGUGCAAUUAUAAGUCCUGCAAUUGAACCCUAAGGAUCCUAUUUGUUUUUAUAGGCAGCAGUAACACAAUGGGCAGGCCCCUUUACUCUGCUAUUCCCCUGUCUGCAAUUACUAUCAGGGUAACGAGUUGGCAAUUAAAUCCAAAACCACAGUUAUGUAACCUGUAAACUAUCUAUAGAUGUGCAAUGUUGAUGUGAUUGUGCCCAGAAACUGCCAUAAACUUCAAUGGAAACGUACGAAGAGGACAUCCAGUUUUCGGAUUUUCUCCAACGUUUAGAAAUAUCUAUGAAUUCAAUGGAACUGUGAGGCCACUUGCUAGAUGUCUAUAAAACAUUGUCUAGCAGAAAAUAAUAAUAUUAUUAUUAGGGAAUUAGUAGUUCUAAUUCAAGAACUACUUGUAUGUCAUGUUUAAUUAGAAAGAGGAAAAAUACUUUUACAUUUUAUUCAUGUAUUAUUAUUCUUAUCUCCUAAAAUGUAUAGUGUUUAGCAGAAGGAAUAUAUAAGAAGAUGCAGAGAAUUUUGAAUAUUAGAAUGCCCUUUGAAAAGAUCACUUGCUGAAUUAAUAGAAUUUGGGAUUAGGCUAGAACUACAGUAAAUGUCUCCCUCCUAUUCAUUCUCAUAUGGCCUCUCAGGGCAUCCCAGUCUCUAGGCCUUCAUGGGGCGUGGUGAAGCAGAAGUUUUGCUCAGGGCUAACCCUCCCAAGAUCUCUGAUACUUGAAAAAGGAUUGUCCAAAGGCAUUUAAUUAUAGCUCAACUACCUGAGAACCUUAGGCCAAGGCUAAUUCAAUUUAGUCCUACCUUUAGGCUCAUACCUUCUCAAUCUCAAUCAUGAUCAUUAUACAGUAAUUGUACACAUGAUCCUAGCUAACAUUUAUUCAAUACUUACUGGGUGUCAGACACUCUUCAAGUAGUUUACAUGCAUUAAUUUAAUCUCCAUAGCCAGUCUAACAUAGGUGCUACUUUGUAGCCCUCUCCCUUCCCAUCUAUCAUAAAGGAAAGUAAAGCAGACUAUAGCUGAGUAACUUGCCUAAAGAGACACGGAUGAUAAGUAGGUCAGAAGCCAGGAUGAAGCCAAGCAGCAAAUGCCACUACCAAACUCUUUGUUUAGAAUACUACAAAUAAAUAUUUAUUUUUGCUUUCUGUUACCUCUGUCAGCAUAGGUAGAGGCAAAAAGAAUAUAUUGGAAUCCUGAAAUUUUUUCCAUACAAAUAUGGGUGGGUGUGUGUGUGUGUGUGUGUAUUUAGCUAGUUAGUUAUCACAUUUCAAAUCAGCUUAUUUCUUUAUUCCUGCUGAGUUCAACUGACAGGUUCAAAGAUUUUGGAAGAAAUUAGGUUUCCUCCCCACAACUUUUUUUUAAUCCUUAGUUAAUCAUGGGACACAAUGUUUUUAAGAAGAAAAAAAAGCCCCUGGAACAAAUUUAGCCUUACGAAAACAAAAUAUCAUUUCCUUGACAAGAAAUUACAGACAGCUACAUGAGCGGUCAAGGAUAAGCAGAAUCUAAGAGGAGGAAAGUUCAGGCAAACUUUCCCCACAUAGGCCCCUGACAGCCACUGCAGAUGGUCAUGGUUCAGCAAGCUAGUCACACACAGUGAGAACCACUCCUGCUAGAAACAGAGCAACUGUGCAUUGUCCCCGUCUUCCUGAGUCUCCAUCCCUAGUACUAGUUUGUAGUCAGAUUACCCUGAGCCUACACGGGAAGACUACAGAAAAGAAUAGAGGAGCAAGUUGACUUAAACCAACUGAAAAACACCACAAAACCAGGUGAAAAUAAAUAAGCUCUUGCUAGAAGAUGGCAGACUUUUCCCAGGCCUGUGGACAUUACCUGAGGAAGGCCAGGUCUGGGGAGUUCAACAGAACAUUGCUUCAUAUCAUUUCAUUCUCAGAAUUUCCUAGUCAGUCACAUCUUAGUUUUUCACCAGGAUCAUAUCCUUCCAGGCAAAAGUAUUUAAAUCCAUUUAAGCAGUCAUCUUUUUCCAUCCCUAAACUGCUCCUCAAGUCUCACACUAUAUUUGGAAUGCUCCCCUCUCUAUAUAUCUGGACAUUCAUUUCUUGUUAACUCACCAAGGAAUCUCUUGAGAUUACUCAAUUUCGAAAUCUCAUCUCUUUAUGAGCUCCCUGAUAGAUAGAAAAAGACAACGUGGUUUUCCCCAGUGUACUAUGCAUCAGAUUAUUCUCUUACCAAUAAAUGCAGGCAUCCCUUUCCUCAAUUUUUUUUUUGUAGGGAGGUUCAUUAAUUUAUUUGUUCAUGUGCUAUUUAUCUCACUUUAUAUGAAUAUAAAAUAUCUGUUGUUGUCUUUGUAAUGUCUUAGGUCUUCUAAGAGGAAAGAAACUGUGUCUGUUGAAUUCUCUUUGUACCAUGUCUAGCAAAGCACUCAGUGGAAAGCGUUACUUUAACAGAUGCUUUCGAUGCUGUUGUUUAAAGGUUCCUGUACACCUUCUUUUAGUGUAGAAUUUGUAUAUUUCUGCCUGUGACAUUCAGGCAUCUCUAGGACCAGAGGAUCUGAAAGGAAGGUGCUGGAACAGGGCAGCUGAGGGAAGGGAGCUGAGCCACACACCUUUUCUACACUAAUAGUCAUCUCUUGACCUGAAGGAUAGUUGCAGACACUGCAAUCUUUUACAUUUCUAAGAAAAGGCAGUUGCUUGAUUGUUUGGGGAAGAAAAUGUUGGGGAAAAAAAGCAUGAUUCUGAUCAAUAUAAGAGCCAUUAACUGAGGAUCUACUCAGUAGCAGACACUGGAAAAAUACUUUACAUACAUUCAUUGAAAGACAUGAAGAGUAAGUCUAAUUAUUUCCAAAAAUAACUUUCAAAAAAAUCAGUCGAGUAUUUUUCCACGUAUCAUUUCAUGAAUGAGAAAACUGAGUAUCAAAGAGUUUUAAUAACUGUCUCUCGGGCUCCAAAGCUGAGACCAUGCAUUGGCAGCCCAUGGGGUAGAUCUGGCUAUAGAUAUGUUUGGUCUGGCUGACAGUGCAUUUUACUUAACAUCUGAAUUAGUUGCCAACAUUGGGCCUCAUUAAUGACAGAGGAUUUGUUGCCCUACAUUCUAUAUGCCCACCUGAAAAUAGCUGGACAGAGGCAAGGUCAGUCCCUUUAGGUGAGGUUGGAGAUCUCUUAGUUGUUCACACUCUUCACUAAUCCACCAUCACUCAUUCACUUUAUUGCCUGGUCCCUAAGCAUCUCACUUUUCAAGUCCUGCUCUGAAGUGCGUAUUCCUUCCCCCGCCGAGCUUCCAAAGGAAAUCAACUCCUGAACAUUCUCCUUGACCCGAUUUGUGUUGUGCAGGUAGUGAGGUAUCCCUUUCUGGGUUUCCAUCUCCUUGCUCACAAUGCUGCUUGCCCUUUGGUCCUAUAUCCAGUGGGAUCUCCAAACAGUAUUUCAUUGUUUGGGGAAGUCUCUUAUGACCAAUGACAAAGGUGUUGGGAGAAAUCCAGUACCAUUUUUUGGCAUCUUUCUGUCGUAGCCACUGGGUCCCCUGGCAACAACAUUCCUUCCCACCUCCUUCUGCAGAGAUGAGUCAUCCUCUCAGGCUCUUGGAGCUCUAGUAUCUAGGGACAGAAACUGGCUCCCACUGCUGCCUCCAGACUGCUAUUCUAUAACCUUCAUCCAAAAAUCUCUUCUGUUUUACAAGUGUACCCACUUCCUCAACUCUGAAAAUUACCUGCUUCCCAGCCUUCUCUGAGGAUUCUUCUUUCUGAUUUAUAACCUGCCUCUCCACCCCACUUCCUGCUAUUAUCUCGGUGAUUGUAGCACCCCCAGUAACAUUCUACUCUCUUUGCUUCUUAAUGCUCUGAUUACUUCCUCCUCCUCCUCCUCCUUCUAUACGUAGAGAGCUGGAGAAAACAGGAGAAAGGAUAACUAUGACUUUUGUCCUCAAAUACCAGUAAAACUGUAGUAAAAUACACCGUAUCUCAUUUUAUGCAUUCAUUUGCUGAAAAUGUUUCCAAAGUUUAGAAAAAUGAUUUUUGGAUGUACUAUAUGAUAAAUAAAAAUGCACUCAGAAUGCUAGAAUAUCUACCAAUUUAAAAGAACAAUAUUAUUAGUUUGACUGUAAUUAUCCUUAAGAAAAAAUAAGCCCUGAUUUCACUUCUCAAUUUCUGAAAAAAUAGUGUAUGGACCACCUGUAUCAGAAUUAACCUACUUUUUGUUAAAAACAGAUUCCCAGACCCCAUCCUAGAUACACAGAAUUGAAAUCUCUAUGAAAACCACUUGGAAAUUUCCUUUUUAAUAAUCUCUUGGGGUGCUUAUAGACAGCAGAGUCUGAUCCUCAUGUGUGUGUGAAUUUUUAAAGUCCUGGUUGAUUAUAAGGGAUAAAACCUGCUCUUUUCAUUCUGUCACUGUGUUGAAAAGUUAACAACUCUCAGCUCAGAGAAUUAUCAGCGGGUAUUGGUACCAAAGUCCUCUGUGGGAUUUUGACCAGCACUGAAGCAGAAACUUGGCAUUCCAAGUCUGCCAAGUGCAAGAACUAGAGCUGAAAUGAUGAAGUGAGUGAUGGGGACAGCACUGGGCACUGCCCAAACUUUUUGAAAACUUUCACAAUGAAAUGGGGAAAUGGAAACUUUUCUCUGUUUGAAAUACAAAAGACAAAUGUGUACUGAAGGCAAUUUUGGCAACUCAACUUCACAUUGAACAAGUGAAGACAAUAUGAGUUUCUCCAAUAAAAAAUAAAAAGCUGUUUUCAAAUUGACCUAAGAUGAUUGAAAAUGGAAAAUAUUUGCUAUUUGGAUGAUUAGUUUGAGAGCAAGUGCCCCAGGAAAUAUUCUGCAAUUUAAUUUAAAUGGUUAGAAUGUACAUUUUCUUGAACUUCAUUAAAGGAUUUGUCUCCUUUUGCCUUUCUA